AAUCCUGAUGGUCAAAAUCAAAACAAAGUCUAAUUAGAUUACAUUUGUGUUUAGAGUUUGUUGGUAUGGAUGGCAUACUAAUACAAGACCUAUCAGUUUUUACUUUACCACCUUAGAUUACGGUAUCAAGACGCCAUGGGAGAGGAGAGCAGCGAAACCGGUGAUAAGCUGCAGCGAGGUACUAUCUAGGAGGCACCUUUAAAACCGAGCGCUGCAGUUCUCCGCUCUCAGUAUCGCACCGGCCUCGUUUGGAUUAAGACUGGAAAAUUACCUUUAGCACAACAGGUCUAUCAUGCAUUUCGGAGUAUUGGGAAGUGGCAUCAUUGGCCUUACCACAGCCCUAGAGCUGCAGAAGGAGUUUCCCACCGCAAGGGUUUCUGUGAUAGCAGAUCGGUUCAAUGAGGAUACCGUGAGCUAUGUGGCUGCGGGGAUCUUCCGGCCGGGCACUAGCUUCAUGGGCCCCACCCAGGAAAUUACGCAGCAGUGGAUGACAGAUGCCUUCAACUACUGGGACGACCUGCGACGCUCCAAGGAAGCUCCAUUGGCAGGCGUGUGCCAGCUUUCUGGAUACAUUUACUCCCGUACUUCCCCCUCAAUCGUGCGGAAUCACUUUAUUGAGAAGCUGUUGCCUGUUUACCGACGUGCCACGGAGGAAGAGCUUAAGCUGUGCCAGGGCGGCUGGAAGUACGGCUCAUUCUUCACCACCUGCCUAACGGAGAGUCGAUUGUUCCUGCCUUAUGCCACUCAAAAGUUCCUUGAAAACGGAGGUGAAGUAGUCCGUCAGCAUGUUAGCAACUUUUUUGAGGUGCCCAAAGGCUACGAUGUCCUGCUCAACUGCACUGGUAUGGGCGCCAAGGAACUGUGUAGCGACCAGCACCUGGUGCCCAUUCGUGGUCAGGUGCUAAAGGUGCGGGCGCCGUGGGUGAAGACCGCCUUCUAUGGAGACUAUGACACCUAUAUCCUGCCCGGCUUCGAGACGGUCACCCUGGGCGGAUGUCGGCAGUUCGAUAGCUAUAACACAGAAUGGUGCAAGUACGAUAGCAUGGCCAUCCGGGAGCGUUGCUAUGACCUUCUGCCCAGCCUGCGAAAGGCGGAGAUUGUUCGGGAGUGCGUUGGCUUACGUCCUCAUCGUUCGGUGGUGCGCGUGGAGCCAGAGUUGCUUACAAACUCGGAGGGGCGGCGCCUCAAGGUGGUUCACAACUACGGACACGGCGGCUACGGCGUGACCACUGCGCCCGGCACGGCCAAGUACGCAGUGGGCUUGGUUCGCGAUCUCCUAGCCGGGAAUAGCAAGCUGUAGAGGUGAUAAAUUAAUUGUUAAUUGUUGGCCAUUAAAUUUUGUUAUACCCAUA